ACUGAGUGGGGUGGGACAACGUGAUUACAGAUCAAAUUGGUGGACAGUGUCUUGUGAAAUAAAUAUACAAUAAUAUUACUUACAUUUUCAUCAAUACAAUGCCUUCCGCACAGGACUGGAUUAAUAAUCCUCUGGGCGUUGUCGAGGGGAUGUUUGCACAGAGCAACUGUAAUCCAGAAUGGGGGGAAAAAGUGGUGGAUUACUUCAAAGACAAAUUGUCAGAGAAAGAAGCACAAACUUGGGUUCCCUCACUGAACGACGUUCCUCUCCAUUACCUGAAGCCCAACAGUCUGGUGAAGUUCCGUUGUCUGGUGCAAGACAUGUUUGAUCCAGAAUUCUACAUGGGAGUGUAUGAAGCUGUAGACCCUGUGACCAAGUCAAAAAGUCUGAAAUGUGGAAAAUACAAGGAUGUCACAGACUGUGUUCAGGUGGAUUUCAAUUCCAGAAACAGUGUCACAUCUGAAAGACAAACCUUCUACUGUGUGCCAGUUCCAGGGGAAUCUCCAUGGGUGAAAGAGUGCUAUGCCCACUCUAGCCAGGCUCGUGUCAUUCCCUCCACCUCUUACACUCCAAACCGACAGAAGCGCAGCUAUGAAGACGAUGAUGAAAUGGACACACAACCACAAAGGCCAAGGGACUCAAACACAGGAUCUCAUAGUUCUGGUGACUCCCAAAGAAACGGUGACCCCAAACGCCAGGAGACAGAAGCUCCCUCUAGCAGCAGCACCUCUCCCCCAAGCUGCGCUUCCCCUCUGGACCUGAACUACCCCUUACCUGGAGAGCAGGGCCCUGCCUGCCUGGUCAAGGUGUACGAGGGCUGGGAGAGCUUCAAACUUAACGACACACUGGAGGUGUUUGGGAUCCUGUCUGUUGAUCCGACUCUGAGCGGAGUGGCUGAGGAAAAAGACGCCACUUCACUGUUGGACCCCGCGGAUUCCAUGGAGACGGCAGAGGAGCAGAGAGCUCACAGCCCUCCUCCUUCUCUAGUGCCUCGUCUCCACAUGGUCUAUGCCCUGCCCCUUCAGCACAACAACCCACUGCUGCCUUCUGCUGGGUCGGAGGACAAAAACGCCUUUGUCACCAGUUUCCUGAGUGAGCUGGGUUCCAUCAGGUCCGAGUUUCUGGCCUACCUCACACACAUCCUGCUGGGGGACACCCUGGCUGCAGAGUACCUGCUCCUGCACCUCAUCUCUAAUGUGUACGCCCGACGGGAUGUUCUUCCGCUGGGUAAGUUCGCCCUGAACCUCAGCGGCUGCCCCCAGACCUCCCCAUACACGGAACAUCUCUACCGGAUCAUUCAGCACCUCGUGCCAUCUUCGUACCGUCUGCCAAUGAGCCUUCAGAACAUGAACAGCAUGCGGUUGGUGCCGCGGAAGGACUACGCGGCCAAUCGGCUGGUGAGCGGCGCCCUGCAGCUGGCUAGCAACACCUCGCUGUUCCUCGACGAGACCCAGCUGGAGCAGGGCCAGCUGGACGCCUCAGGUGUGCGGAACAUCACAGCACUAGGCAACCUGAUCUCCUGGCAGAAGGUUGAUUACGACUUCAACUACCAUCAGAUGGAAUUCCCCUGCAAUAUUAACGUGCUGGUCGCGUCAGAAGGACGAUCACUGCUGCCUUCGGACUGUCAGGUGCAUAUGCAGCCCCAGAUGACACCACCCAACCUGGAGGAGUACCUGAGUGCCAUCCAGGCGGCCCAGGCGCCAUCCCAAAUGAACAAAUUCCGCCUGUUCCUGAGUGUGGCCCGCCAGCUGGACUACAGCAUCUCCGAGGAAGUCACAAAGGCGGUAGAAGAUGAUUUUGUUGAGAUGCGUAAAGAUGACCCCCAGAGCAUGUCAGCAGAGGACUUGCACAGAAUGUUGGUCGUUUCGAGGUUGCUGUCUCUUAGUUUUGGUCAGACUACACUCUCCACAGAUGUGUGGAUGAAGACCAAACAUCUUGAGCUGUUGCGUAUGAGCAGAGUACAGCAGCAGAAAUCUGUUAAUGGCCACGAACCAUAGGAACCCUGUUGCUAUGGCUAUAAAGGCAUUUCUCUUCUCUUAUCCAAGUUGUUAAUGAUAUUAAGGACUGUGUUCUAAUAAAAUUAUUCAUGUUUAGUAAG